UAGGAAUUUCGACCGUUGAAAGGGGAGAGGGGCUCCCCUCUCUUCCCUCCCCACUUCUCAUUCGCAUUUCUUUGCUUCAUGUAGUUAAUCUAGCUCUGCAUAUAUAACCCAUCUCCCACUGCAAUUCUGAAAUUUUAAAUUAAUUCACUUCCAAAAAAACUAAUUAGCCAUGGAAACUUGCCCUACCCUGCCCUGAAAAUUAAAGCCAUUAAUUCGAACCCUAGCAGUCUGGUAGGUCUGGUUUCACACCCGUAAUAUAGGAAAAAAAAUAAACUUCUCUAAAACAAAAUUGAACAAAUGAAAAGGUGAGGAAAUAAAGGUGAAAAACUGAGAGGAAAGAUGGCAAUGGAAGCUAAUUACAAGCUAUAUGUGUUUAUUUUAUGUAUUUUUAUUAUUACAAUCACAAUUCCGGCAACGGUGAGGGCCAACAUUGCGGAUUUCGACGCGCACUGGCAAGAUCGAGCAAAAGAAGCGAAGCAAGCCGCCAACGAAGCCUACAAUAAAAAUCCUGCACAAGUCACUGAAAGUUUCAACAAGGAAGUCCAUGACACGUUUGAUGCCGCGAAUAAAACGAGAAGGAACUUGAAACAGAAGUACAAGGGUCCAUGCCUGGCUACAAACCCUAUUGAUCGUUGCUGGAGAUGUGAUCCAAACUGGGAAACAAAUCGCAAGAAGCUGGCUGAUUGCGCCAAAGGAUUUGGGCACAAGACGACAGGAGGCAAGGCCGGAAAAAUCUAUGUGGUGACUGAUAACUCUGACAAUGACAUGGUGAACCCGAAACCAGGGACACUACGCCACGCUGUGAUUCAAACUGGGCCACUUUGGAUCAUAUUCGCUCGAGACAUGAGAAUAAAGCUAAGAGAAGAGCUUAUGGUGACGAGUGACAAGACAAUUGACGCACGAGGUGCUAAUGUGCACAUUGAGGAUGGUGCACAAAUUACACUACAGUUUGUGAAGAAUGUGAUCAUCCAUAAUCUCCACAUUCAUGAUACCAAGCCAGGAAAUGGUGGCAUGAUUAGGGACUCGGUGAAUCACUAUGGACAACGCACACGCAGUGAUGGUGACGGUAUAUCAAUGUAUGGAGCCUCAAACGUUUGGAUAGACCAUGUCUCCGGGUCAAAUUGCGCAGAUGGACUCAUUGAUGCCAUCCAGGGGUCUACAGCCAUCACCAUAUCCAACUGUCACUUCACCAAUCAUAAUGAUGUGAUGUUAUUUGGUUCAAGUGACAGCAAUUCUCAGGAUGAAGUGAUGCAGAUAACUCUGGCUUUCAACCAUUUCGGUCAGGGGUUAAUUCAGCGUAUGCCCAGGUGCCGGUGGGGGUUUUUCCAUGUUGUAAACAACGACUACACGCAUUGGAUUAUGUACGCUAUUGGUGGAAGCCAACAUCCUACCAUAAUUAGCCAGGGCAACCGGUUCAUUGCCCCGUCAAAUAAAGCCAGUAAAGAGGUGACGAAGAGGACCAGUGGAGCGGAGAACGUGUGGAAAUCGUGGAAUUGGAGAUCAGAGAACGAUCUUAUGAUGAAUGGAGCAUUCUUUGUUGAAUCCGGAAGCCCAAUCAGGAAUCUCCCAAAGGCGGAUAUGAUCAAGGCAAAGCCUGGGACAUUCGUGACUAGGCUCACGCGCUUUGCGGGUCCUCUAAAAUGCAUUAAAGGGAGGCCAUGCUAGAGUAUAUGUUGAACAAACAUAACAAAUAUGUAUAUAAUUGUAUGAAUCUCAAACAGAACCCUGUUGAAAACCCAUAUGUUUUUGUAGAGGUAGACAGUGAAGAGUAAAUAGAGAAAACACUGUCCUCUUAUCGCAUUCUUGCGAGGGUUGGGGGUGGAAGGGAAAAAUAAAUGAUAGAUUUGGGAAAGUAACUUUGAGGUGUAUACACAGAAAUGUAAAUUUUGGAAUGGAUAAAUUUCUGAUUGCAGUUUAUUUAAUCUGUUCUUUCUAAUCAAGGUACAAUGAUAUAUUUUGUGAUGAAAUCCUAUUUCCGAUAGGAAUAGUUGACAAUUGUCCGAAUUUUCUCUUUACUUUUGUAUCCAUAAUAGUGCGAAAAGAAGACCCGACUCCAAGGGUUAU